GCUCCCCUAGCUCCGAGGGGCUCGCGUGCUGUCCCAGGUCCACAGUCAAAGCCCAGGCACAGGACCAGCAUGGCUGUAUCAGCCCCCUCCGGUUGCCGCUCAGACCUGGACUCCAGGUACUACAGACUUUGUAACACAACUGAAGCCUGGGGCAUCGUCCUGGAAACGGUGGCCGCAGUGGGGGCUGUGACCUCAGUGGCCUGCAUGCUCGCUCUCCUGAUCCUCAUCUCCAAGGUGCAGGACUCCAGCAGGCGGCAAAUGCUCCCUACCCAGUUUCUCUUCCUCCUGGCUGUGCUGGGGGUCUUUGGCCUCACCUUCGCCUUCCUCAUCACACUGGACGGCAGCACGGGGCCCACACGCUUCUUCCUCUUCGGCAUCCUCUUUUCCAUCUGCUUCUCUUGCCUCCUGGCUCACGCUUUCCAAUUGACGAAGCUGGUCCGCGGGCAGAAGCCCCUCUCCUGGCUGCUGAUCCUGGGCCUGGCUCUGGGCUUCAGCCUGGUACAGGAUGUCAUCGCUGUUGAAUAUGUUGUGCUCACCAUGAACAGGACCAACGUGGACAUUUUUUCUGAGCUCUCUGCUCCUCGUCGCAAUGAAGACUUUGUCAUGCUGCUCAUCUACGUCCUCUUCUUGAUGGUGCUGACCUUUUUCAUGUCCUCUUUCACCUUCUGUGGAUCCUUCACUGGCUGGAAGAGACACGGGGCCCACAUCUUCCUCACCGUGCUCCUCUCUGCGGCCCUCUGGGUGGUAUGGAUCACCCUGCUCUUUGUUCCUACCCCUGGUGCCCAGUGGGAUGACACCGUCCUCAGCACAGCCUUGGUGGCCAAUGGCUGGGUUUUCGUGCUCGUUUAUGUUGUCCCUGAGUUUCAGCUGCUCACUAAGCAACGAGACCCCACGGAUUAUCCCGUUGAGGACGCUUUCUGUAAACCUCAAUUCAUGAAGAAGAGCUAUGGCGUGGAGAACAGAGCCUACUCUCAAGAGGAGAUUACUCACGGUUCUGAAGGGACAGGGGACACACUCUAUGUCCCUUAUUCCACCCAUUUUCAGCUGCAGAAUCGGACUUACCAGAAGGACUUCUCCAUCCCACGGGCCCAUGCUCAAUCUAGCCCUUACAAUGACUACGAAGGAAGGAAAGAGGGCAGUUAACUCUGUCCUGGAGAGUGGGAUGGACACACAGCAAGGCAGCAGACCCAGCCGGGAGUUCAGAGGGAUGUGGGCUACCUUCUGAGUCUUCUAAGAAAACUGCAUGAAACAUUCCAGGAACAGCUGGCCUCCCUCCCAGCCUCAGCCACUAUUCUUCCCUACUGGACUUGUUGUGGGCUAGUGGGACUCCGGUUCUUUGCAGCACUGUGAUGUCUUUCCUUUGUCCCAUACUUAGCGUACUUGAUCUGAGUGGGGGUCUCAGGCAACUCAGGGUGAGACUCACUCUUCCUGUCGUUUUACACGUGACUCAACGUCUGCUCAUCUGACCGCCUGCUGGCUCGCUCAGCUGUAGCAGCCAACUCACCUCACUGAAGGUGGGUUUUGUAAAGAUUGCCUGGCCCAGAACAGAGCUGCAAAUCUGAGCAAAAACAGCAAGGCCUGUCUCCCAGCCCCAUCUAUGGCCCCUGAAUCUACACUGGAAACCAACUUCCUGGCACCAUCCCCCACCCCUGCCUUCUUGCUUGGGUAGGAGAGGCUAAAGGUCACCCUGCCUCACACGGGGCCUCUGCAGAUCCCCUGUGUGAUGCCAGGUCACCCCUCUCUUCUGGCACUGUGCCCAAACUUGCUUCAAUCCCCAGACCCC